AAGCAAUGUCAGAUGUUUUGAAGGAUAUUAGUAAUAUUGGGAGCAGGCUCUUCGACCACAACGGCUUUUUAUCAGGCGAGAUCAAUUUUCUGUUGAAAGAAUUCGAGGAGAAAAGAGGGGACGCAGAAGUUGAUAAUUUGUUUAAUACUAUCGAAAACAUAACGGAUAUUAAGGAUACUCACAUUGAUCAACUAAAAGAAACGAUAAAUGAGAGUCUUAUUGAAUCGAACCGACAAUUAAGUGAAGCAUUACAGUUGUGUGACCAAUUUUCUACGUUACAGGAGAAAAUUAGCAAGGAAUCGGAUAAGAAUUUUGAGAAGUGGAAAGAAGCCAGGACAAAAUUUAUGGAUGAAAUUCUUCCAAAAUAUUACGACAUUAAUAGAGACAUAGCAGAAAAGCAGGAAGAGCUGAAGAUAUUUUAUGGAAAUUUAGAGAGAAAGUUGAAUUGAAGUUCACAAAAUGAGUUCCAAUGUAGGUCAAAUUGGAAAUCCACAAAUUUUUGUGAUACCUUCAAACAAACUGAGAAAUUAUAUAUCUAAUAUCAGAGUGGGAGGUGAUAUGCCUGCUGGUAUUAAAAAUGUUGUUUUCAAAAAUAAAACUAAUCAGAAACCAACACAAAAACAUUUUAAAAUUGAGUAUCUUGUAACUGAAGAAGAUAAGAGAUUUAUAAAGGCUCUAACUGAAAAUAGAGUGUUAGAUUCAGUUAAAAGUAGUCAACCUGAGUUAAAAGUACAAUCUGAUGUUAUUGAUACAAAUUCUAAAUUGAGCCUGGAGGAUCUCCACUGGCUCUAUAAAUAUAUAGCGGCCCAAAAUAGGAGUAAUGAGGAGAAAGUAUACCUUCAUGAAUUGAUCGAAAGCUCUGAAAUACUGCUUCCUAAAAAUGUAGAAAUUCCAAGGAAUGAAGAGCUAGAGAAACGAUGUCAGAAACUUAAAGAAGAACAACAAAAUCAAGAAUAUAAAAAUAUGAUACGAAAUGUGGACAAUAACAGGAGAACAUUACCUGAAGAUACUAUUGGAUAUCAGUUACGUAUGAUGAACCAGCAUCUCAUAGCUAUAUUUCAGUUUAUUAUAUCAGUUGCUGCUGCAUUUGCCUUUGGUUUUGUUGGAAUAGAAUUGCUGACAGGCAGCUUAGACUUUGGAUUUAGACUUCUGCUGGGCAUAAUAUGCGGUCUCAUUGUUGCAAUAGCUGAGCUCUACUUCUUAGCAAAAAAAUUAAACGAAGACUUGGAGUUUGAAUAUGCUUCCAAAAAAACAGAUAAAAAAGUUAAUUGAGUAUUGUUUUUAUGAGUUAGACUUUUUUUUUAGAUAAGUUAGAUAUAUGUUAUUGAAAAAAAAAUCAACAAUAAAAUUAUGUUUUUGUUU